AUGUUUGUUGGGCUUCUACAAAUUGCCAGACGAGGCGGCAAAAUUUCCCGGCUUCCCUUCCGCCUCGUUCUCUCGCGCUUGCACUUCCGAGCGGCGAGCGACGAUCUCGCCGGAGGAGUACCGCCGUUCGGAACAGUUGGUAAACAACGUCUUUUUCCGAAAGCAAUGGUGAAGACCAAACAUCAGAAAUCGAAGCCCAAAAAAGCUCCUAAGGUGAAGCAACAAGGAAAACAAGCUGAUCUGACUAUGUUUCGUGGCCAGCUGGAUGGGUUGGGCCUAAAAAUCAUUCAAGUAACUGCUGAUGGCAACUGUUUCUUCAGGUUUGUUUCCGUCCUGUCGAUUUGGAUGGAGAUUGAGGCGUUUUUUCCGGUUUUCGUCUGGGUGUCCUGUAGUGGCUUACUCUUGGUAGUUUACAGGAGUCUGGCAGAUCAGUUAGAUGGAAACGAGGAGGAACAUGGGAAGUAUCGUAGUAUGAUAGUCCAGUAUAUACGGGAAAAUCGCGAAUUGUUUGAGCCUUUUCUUGAGGAUGAUGUGCCCUUUGAUGAAUACUGCCAACAAAUGGAAAAGGAUGGCACAUGGGCUGGACACAUGGAGUUGCAGGCAGCUUCCCUUGUUACAAAUAGCAACAUAUGCAUUCACCGGAACAUGUCACCACGUUGGUAUAUUCAGAAUUUCGAUCAGCGUGGAGCUCGUAUGAUUCAUUUAUCCUAUCAUGAUGAAGAACAUUACAAUAGUUUACGUUCCAAGGAAGACCUGUGUGAUGGACCUGCUAGGCCAAUUGUUAUAAAGGCUGAUGCUACUCUUUCUCAAGUGAAAGCUGCUUCAAGCAAGUCCAACGGCUUAGUUCUGGGCAACAAAGCUGAUUCAGGAUCCGUCAAAGUAGUAAUGGCAGGAAGUGGAUGUGAAAAUAUUGAAAAAGUUGAACAGGUCUUAUUGCAAGUACAUGGUGAUGUUGAUGCUGCAAUAGAGUAUCUAAUAGCAGAACGAGAAUCAGAAAACUACUCAGUAGACAAUGGUUCCCUUCCAUGUCAAGCACACAGUUUUUCUGAAAAUCUAGGAGAUAAUGUGGAUGGAAGAUGUGACCAAAGCCAGGACGAGAUAUCAAAGAAGACCCGCAAGCACGAGCUAUCUGAUAGUCCUGUCAAAGAAAGCACUAAAGAUACUAGCUCAAAGACAGAUGAUAAGAAGAUACCAAGAAACAAGGUCUGUCCAUGUGGAUCUAAAAAGAAGUACAAGUCUUGUUGUGGAGUCGCUAAGGGGAGAUCCUCUUCUAUGAUUAUGCGGAACCAAGCAAUUGAAACUGGUUGCGGAAGGGUUAGAAAGGACAAGAAACAAAACAAGAAAGGAGGACAUGCUGAAUCUCUGCCUUCAUGUGGAUCUGAAAAUGUACCACUUGACAUGGGCGCCCUUUGUAUAUAAACUCGAGUUUCAUGGGUCAGAACCUCGACCUUUAAAUUCAGCAGCAAUCAUUCAGCCACAGAUGCAAGAUCCCGUAUACACCAGCAGUCACACUUGGAGAAGUAACAAAAACAUGGUAAGAAAGAUUGGGAAAGGAGGAUGCUUCGAAGAAAAUGUUGGUCGUCGAAUCUCUCUCUUCUUGCAAAGGUAUGCUGUGCUGUGCCUUGCCUAAGGACUUCGGUUUGUGCUGUGCUGUGUGUAACCAUGUUCAUAGGGUCAGAACUGGUGAGUAAUUAGUUGAAUGAAGGCAUGGAUCAUCAUCGUUCCCUCCUUGAGCUCGGGAAGUAUUAGAAGCACUGGCAUGUAUCCAAAACACCAAUGGACAAUUUUAUUACGGUUCAGGUUUUGUAGUAUAUCAAAUGAGCCGCUCUGUAUAAUUUUUGUAAUGUGGUUAGGCUCUCACUUAUUUCUGUCUAAAUGAUGAGCUUCAUGCAAUUGUCAGCAGUUAGUGAAUGAUGAUUCUGCUGGGAUCCAUUUGAAGUUGAAACUUCUGAUCAGUGGAGUGAUUUUGUGAUCCAAGGGGCCGGUUCGACCCGACUUGUUUUGAACCGGAAUUUUUUCUCCGCACAAGCCUCAUGAGGCUGGGCAGAGGUUCUCCGUUUGCCUCUCCAAGUUCUCAUUCUAAUUCUGUCUAAAUUUACUCAGUUUGCUUUUAAC